AUGUCUGACACAAAGACGUUUCGCAUCCUGGUCCUCCCUGGCGACCAUGUCGGCCCUGAGAUCAUGGCCGAAGCUCUCAAAGUCCUCGACGUUGUGCAGGACGCCCGGCCGAACAUUCGAUUCGAGCGCACCACAGACAUCGUCGGCGGCGCCAGCAUUGACAAGCACGGCGUGCCCGUAACACAGUCGGUCCUGGACGCCGCCAAGGCCUCGGACGCAGUCCUCUUUGGAAGCAUCGGCGGCCCCGAGUGGGCCGCCGCCACGCCGACGCCAGAAUCCGGCCUCCUGCAGCUCAGGCAGCACCUCGACGCAUUCGCCAAUCUCCGUCCCUGCGAGAUCCUGGUGCCCUCCCUCGUGGGCAACUCUCCCAUCAAGCCCGAGCUCGUCACGGGCACAAAGUUUAUCGUGGUCCGCGAGAACUGCGGCGGUGCCUACUUUGGCGAGAAGCGCGAGGAAGCCGACGUGGCCUCGGAUCUCUGGGUCUAUUCGCGCCCCGAGGUCGAGCGCCUCGCCCGCGUGAGCGCCGCCGUGGCCCGCAUCCUCGGCGACGGCGGCCAGCAGCCGGCCACGGUCUGGAGCGCCGACAAGGCCAACGUGCUCGCCAGCGGCCGUCUCUGGCGCCGCGUCACGUCCGAAAUUUUUGCGCGCGAGUUCCCCGACGUUGCGCUGCAGCACCAGCUGGCCGACAGCAUGGCCAUGCUGAUGGUGCGCGACCCGCGUCGCUUCAACGGCGUCAUUCACACAGACAACACUUUUGGCGACGUCCUCUCCGACAUCUCGGGCGGCAUCACAGGCACGCUGGGCGUGCUGCCGAGCGCGAGCAUUUCGGGCGUGCCCGGCGAGGGCCGAUGCAACGGCAUCUAUGAGCCAGUUCACGGCAGCGCCCCUGACAUCUCGGGCAAGGGACUGGCGAAUCCUGUGGCACAGAUCCUCAGUCUGGCCAUGAUGCUGCGGUACUCGUUCCUGCUUGAGGCCGAGGCGUCGGCCAUUGAGAAGGCUGUAGUGAAAGUCCUGGAUGCGAAGGAAGCUGGCGGCCUCGAGGUCAGGACGGGAGACCUGGGUGGAAAGUCGACAUGCAGUCAAGUGGGAGAUGCUUUGAUUUAUAGCCAAUCCCGCUGA